CCCACGGGAGCAGCUGGGGCUGGAAGUUGUCAUGAGGGAUUUGUAGAAGAUGGAGCUUGGCAAGAGAUGUGAGGUCUCUCUGAAGGCCUCAGCCAGCAGGGGCCAUGCGAUGCUCCCUGAAACGCUCCGUCACGGUUCUGCUCGCUGUCUCCUUCCUCCUCCUCCUCCUCCUCCAUGGGAGCAGCCGGCAGGAACAGGAUCCCCUGGAGGUGCAGCUCAGGGGCCUGGCUCCCCACACGAUCCUGCAGCUGCUGCAGCCGGGGGAAGCCCAGCACAUCCUCAGGGACACAGCUGAGCUCUCUGCACUCCACAACAUCUCCUACCAGCUCCUCGCUGGCUCCCCGGCUCCCCAAAAAAAAUUCCUGGCGGUGGGAAUGGCAUCCGUGCAGAGGCCACGUGGUUUCUACCUCCUGGCCACACUGCAGUCCCUGUUCAACCAGUCCACGGAGGAGGAGCUGCAGGAGAUGGUGGUGGUGGUGCACCUGGCUGACCCCGAUCCUGCCUGGAAUGCGCGUGUUGCUGCCACCAUCGCCCAGAAGUUUGCUCGCCACAUCCUCCUGGGCCGCCUCCUGCUCAUCCACGCUCCCCCUGAGUUCUACCCCACCCUGGAGGGCCUGAAGAGGAACUUCAACGACGCAGAGGAGCGGGUGAAGUUCCGCUCCAAGCAGAAUGUGGACUAUGCCUUCCUGCUCGCCUUCGCCGCCAACCUCUCCUCCUACUACCUGAUGAUCGAGGACGACGUGUGGAGCGCCAGGUCCUUCCUGACGUCCAUCCGCAGGGCAGUGGCUUCCCAGGAGGGCUCCAACUGGGCCACCCUCGAAUUCUCCAAGCUGGGCUACAUUGGAAAGCUCUACCGCUCCAGUGACCUUCCUCGCCUGGCUCACUUCCUCCUCCUCUUCUACCAGGAAAUGCCCUGUGACUGGCUGCUGGUCCACUUCCGCCAGCUGCUCACCCAGAAGGACGUGAUCCGCUUCAAGCCAUCCCUCUUCCAGCACAUGGGCCUCUACUCCUCCUUCCAGGGCACUGUCAACCGGCUGAAGGACGAGGAUUUCCAGGCCGAUGCCUUGGACCUCCCGGACAACCCGCCGGCAUCCCUGUACACCAGCAUGUCCGUCUUUGAGAACUACGAGCCCCUCAAGGCCUACAGCUUGGCACAGGGGUACUUUUGGGGCAAAGACCCAGCAGCUGGCAGUACUUUUACCAUCGUGUUCCAGCAGCCAGCCCGAGUCCACCGUGUCCGGGUGCGCACGGGCUCCGUGGAGCGCCCGGGCGAUUUCCUGCACGCAGGGCUGCUGGAGCUGGGCCAGCGCCGCGACCGCAGCCGCGACUGCUCCUCCUACGUCCCUGUGGGCUCCUUCAAGAAGGGGACCCUGGAGCAGCAGGGCCUGGAGAGUGUCCUGCCUGGGCCCGUGGAGUGCGUGAGGAUCCGGGUGACCCAGGACCAGAGCGAGUGGCUCAUCAUCCAGAGCAUCGACAUCUGGACCACAGCAGGCAAUUGAGCACAACACCUGUGGCAGGAUGUCAAAGCAGCUGGAUUUGGUUCCUUUAUUUUUCACACUGCCUUUUUGGAUAAGAAAUUAAGUUAUUGGCUCUCACUGCUCCGCGUGUGGAGAGAUGGGAACCACUGCUGUGGGCUGCAGAUGGGUCUAGGAGCAGGGCCCAUCAGAAUGUACCUGCUGGGGGAUGCCCCAAUGAGACAAGGAGGGGGCACAGGAAGGGGAAGGUGCUUGGGAAUUCAGGGCUGAGCAGUAGAAAACCUUUCCUCCCGGGGAGGAUGAUGUACAGGACAAAGCUGAUCAGCUAAUUAACAAACCAAAUAAUUCAUCAGGCAGUGGUUUGGUUUUUUUGGAGCCUCUCCACACCUUACCUGCUAUAAGUUUUCUAACUGUUUCCAAAACUCUCAAUUUCUAAUUCCCUUCUCUCUGAUCCCAUUUCCUAGCUGCUCCUGGAGGGGUCAGGGGAAAGUCUGGGGCUGCUGCUCACCAAACUCUUCACCCUGCAGGCUCAGCAAGCUCCCACUGGUGCCCGGCCAUUUCCCGGUGUCGAUCGGGGGCGACGGCCACCAGAUGGACCCAUCGGCCCGGCCGCGGGCAGCGCCUCCCACCAGCGCUCCUUGUUCCCGCCCUCCAAGGGAAAAAAACAAAUUCCCAGGCACCUCACUUCGUGUUUUUGCUUGGUUCACACGGAGCAAGAAGGACAGACAAGAUGGGGCAUCCAGGAAGGCGAGGAAUGCACAGAAUUGAGCACCAGGGAACAAAGAUAAGCCAAGGAAAAUGUGACCUUGGUAUAAUGUGAAGCUCUGGGUCCUUUUUAGCCCAGUGAGGUGCUAAAGGGUAAGUGGGGUACACAAAGGAUCCCAAAAGCUGCUGUUUGGGUUUGUCUGGCUGGGUCAGCUUGGAGGGCUGGAUGCUCCACUGGCAGCUGUGGGCCCCAGCAUGCCGGGCAGUGACUGGCACCUCUUCCAGUUAGGCUUUUAGUAACAAUUUCUCAGCUUCCUGCAAAGGAAGAAUUCCAGUCUGCUCAGCAUUCCCAUGGGAUAGCCCAGAGAACUCACUAACCUGUGCCAAGCAGGACCCUGCUCUGCCCAUGUUCCAAGCCUGGCUCUCCUGGAGCAGGGCAGUCACUGCCAGCAGGGAGCAGUGCCACUCCUGCAGCACC